GUAGAUUACCAACUUUCCAGACAACGCAACAAUUCAUCACAAAUGAAUAAUAAGAAUAUCUUCUGCCUACCACGUUCAUCUCUCACAACAAUACCUAUCCCUCGGAAAGAUAAAAGAGCGUUUCUUACCAAGUCUGGGUUAGCGGUUAAAGUACAAAUUAGUCACACAAUGACAUCAGAACAGAUAAAGAAGAUAGUUCAAGACAAAUUCGGUAGCUUCUUCGAUCAGCCUUUCCAGUACACAUUUCUAAGCACAACAGGAACAACUAAGAGUAAGCGUCUUCAUCGUGCAAAAGACAUCUACCCCAACUUUAUGGCAAAUGGGAAAGACCUAAAUGGAAUAGCCACACGGGACAACAUAUAUAUUAUGUCAUUGUGUGAGCUGAAGGUAGGCGCAUGUUCAUUUAUAUUUGGAGGCCAGAAGGAAUAAAACAUAUACCAGCCACCCUCUUCAUUCAAUGCUAUGGGAAUGUUUCGGCUAUGCAAUUAUUAUUAGAAAUGUUAUGUUGAAGUCAGAAAUGUGCAUGAAAUACGUUCAUACCACUGUAUAUAUUUAUGUUGUUGUGUUUCAUAUUUUGUGUGGAAAACUGUUUAUACAUAUGCAUUGUCAAGCUAUUGUACUUAGGUUGCAAGUGGGCUAAUAAAACAGUGCCUUAAAUGACGGAACUCAAAUGUAGUUUUGAAAUAGAUCAUUGUUUCAUUGCAUUUAUUACUGAUUAAGGAAACAUUUAUUACCAAUCAUUGUAAUAUUUAUCAUAUUAUCAGAUGGUUAGGAUAAUUUAUAACAUGAAAAUAUGUUUAUCUUUUUAUUUUGAGUAAUAAUAACGUAUUAUUUUGUAAUCUCUAAAUCACUUUAGACAAUCAUCAUCACAACCCUAUAAAAGUAAUAUAUAUUACAAUAUCAACAUCACUCUAAUAGACCACUUUCGAGUUCAUCCGUCACCGGAAAAAACUCGUCAAAUAUACACGCCUUUUUUAUGUCAUUUACCAGAUAGAGGGGGUCGCCUGUAUCCCUGCACUAUUAACGUUCAUCAAGCGUCUUAAUGAUCGUCAUUGUGCAGGAUAAACUAGAAAUAGUUGUUGGUCUGUAGGUACUUAAUGACAAUUCCCUAAUGACAGCACUGCUGAUUGUCAAUUUUGAGAAUUCAAUUUGCCGAAUAAUUCGUACAAAAUAGAACUCUAGUUUUCGAACCACUCCCUCAACAUUGAGAUGGAAGUAACGACGCCCCUAAAAGCGCAAAUGACGUUCACUAAAACCAGAGUUUUUGACGGAAAUGCAUCGAACUCGAAAGUUGUCUAUUAUAGAGGUUUCGACAGUUUGAAAAUAAAUCCAUCACUACCCAAGUACACCUCUCAAUAUUAAUACUAUUAAUAGAAUUAUUAUCGCUGUCAGUAUGCAAGUGUAACUUUUUAUAAUUUUCAACAUUACUGUAGUGUUAAAAUUCAUAAAUCAAUAUUGUUUCAAGUGAAAAUACAAAAUGUCGAUUAUUCACGUGAUAGUAUCUAGUCUGUGUUGACCUAUAGUCGAAUACAACGGCAUAUAUUUGCUAACAUCCACGUUAUUAAUACGCUGUUUUUAAAUGUUGAAAAGUUGUCUCUUGACAAUUAUACCUUUUUUUUUUUUUACAUAACAAUGGUUAAAUUAUUUGUAAAUCUCUUUGAAAGAAUUUGUGUUUACGUUCAAAUUAAAUUUUGUUGUUAGCUAAAACACCAA